UCCAUUCCUGGCGAUAGCGUCGUCAUUCGCACCGUGAUCUUCCAACCAGGGGCACUUAUCACAAGCAUCAUGAAACUGUUGGUGUUGGCAGCCCUCGUGGGUGUGGCGGCCGCUGGCCGCCUGGAUAACUCGUACCUGCCUCCCGCGGGUGCACCCUUGGCCGGUGGAGCACAAGGGGCCAUCGCAGCGCCAUUUGGCGGACCUGGAGCUGGUGGAGUCUUCGGAGCUAGAAGGCCUGGUUUCGGAGGUGCUGGUCUCGGUGGUGCUGGUUUAGGAGGACCUGGAGGUCUUGCUGGUGCAGGCCGAGGAGGUCUUGGUGCUGGACGAGGCGGCCUUGGCGCAGGUCUGGGAGGUGCAGGAACUGGCGCCGGUCUUGGAGGUCUUGGUGGACUUGGAGGUGCCGGUCUUGGUGCUGGCCGGGGAGGUCUUGGAGGCGCUGGUCUUGGUGCUGGCCGAGGUGCAGGCGCUGGUCUUGGUGGUGGUGCAGGCGCUGGUCUUGGUGGUGGUGCAGGCGCUGGUCUUGGCGGUGGUGCUGGAAGAUUCAUCCCAGGCGCUGCUGCUCCAAGUGGACCAGUCAUUCCCAUCCUCCGAUACGAAAAUGUCAACAACGGCGAUGGAAGCUACGCUUUCAGUUACGAGACUGGAAACGGCAUCGCUCAGGACGAGCAGGGCUACCUGAAGAAUGCCGGAAUUCCUGAUGCUGAGGCGGAGACCGUGCAGGGCCGCUACACAUACACUGGAGACGACGGCGCGCAGUACACCGUCACCUACACCGCCGAUGAGAACGGCUUCCAGCCACAGGGUGCCCACCUGCCCACUCCACCACCAAUCCCCGAGGAGAUCCUGCGCUCCCUGGAGCAGAAUGCCGCUGAGGAGGCCGCUGCCAUCCGGGCUGGAGGAGUUGUCGGUGGCGACUACAGUGGCGCCGGUGGUGCUGGAACUGGAGCUGGUACAGGCUUUGGGGGUCGCCCAGGAGCUGGAACUCCAUUCGGCGGAGCCCCUGGUGCUGGAGUCUUCGGACGGCCCGGUGCUGGAGCUCGCCGGCCAGGUGCCCAGCCCAGCUACUCGGCGACCAGCGGUUACUCCUACCCUAACCCUGGCAAGUAAGCGCCUGGAGCUUUCCAGCUGGCCUCACCUAGCUGGACAUAACCAGUGCCUCCUCAGUCCACUGCCCACCUAGUACUCUCACACACGAAUGCGGGCUUCUUUUGCCACUGUGUCGACUGCACAGACUCUGACAAGUAUACCUGACGAAUUCACUGUUGUCUUAGUGGAACUUAAAGCCAACACGACAGUCGAAAGCCUUCUCGCUGUGUCCUUCUACCUUCUAAAUAUUAGUGCACAGCGGAAUAUACUUCAAGAUUUAGUGCGCUAUGACAAUAUUUUGGUGCUCCUACUGACUAUUUCUAUCUCGCGAAAACAUCGAUUGUAAAUAUCUUAAAUUAUUUCUUACUCCUUUUCUAUUUUCUACUGCAAUGUUCAGACAGAAAAACUUAUGACGACAAUGGCAUUGUGUGUGGCAAAGUUCGCGACUAGCAACUCGUGUUCUGUGCCCAUAAAAAGACUAUUUAUUUCUGUGAUGCAAAAGUGAAAAAAAAACAAUGUAAAAAAUAUAUUUUGUAAUAAAUGUUGUUUUAAAUAUA